UAACGUGACCAGACGUCCCGUUUUGAACGGGACUGUCCCUUUUUACAAUUACGAGUCCCGGUGUCCCCGAAAUGGACUGUGGGACGCACAAUUGUCCCGUUUUCAGAAACCGCGCGAAAAUUUGAACAGCCGACGGCCGGCCACCGCCCGCCCGCCGCCGCGAUGUGACGCCCGCACCAAUCGGACGCGAGCUAGCGGUGUGCGAGAGCGAGACCGCGUCGUCGUCGACGCAGCGACAGCCGAUAGUGGCCAAGACGUCAACUCAUAAUAAUUAUCGCUCGUGUUUUGUUGACUUAUUGACUAUUGCUUGAAAAACUUUCAUUUGCCCAUUUCUCGCUAUUUGUUUUGUUAUUGUUUGGUGCUUGUGUAGUAAAUAAUUUAAAUUUCUUUUGGUUUGGAAUCACAAGUUAAAAUGCCGAAACGCAAGUGUUCGUUCAAUGUUAGCUUACAAGCAAAAUAUCCGUUUAUCAAGCAAAUAAAUACUCCAUCAGAUGUUAGAUGUGAAAAGUGUCGUACAGAAUUUAGUGUUGCCCACAGCGGUGGCGGUGAUAUUGAACAGCAUUUAAAGUCUGACAAACAUAAAAAUGCCGAUCGUGCCGCGGCUUCGAGUUCUACGAUGUUAAACUUUUUCAAGAAAUCGGACGCGCCAACUUUGAAGGACUUGGAUAUCGCCGCGGCAGAAGGCGUCUGGGCUUAUCACACGGUACAAGAAAACCACAGUUUUCGUUCUAAUGAUUGUGCAUCGAAAUUGAUUCAAUCAUGUUUUGAUCCCAAAUUUACAUGCGCGCGUACGAAAUCAGAAGCUAUUGUAGUAAAUGUUUUGACGCCUACAGCAAUGAAAGAAUUAAAAGAUGACCUUGAUAAGUGCAAUUGCAUUACAAUACUAAACGACGCGUCAAACCACGGUAACAAGAAAAUAUACCCCAUUGUAGUGCGCUUUUUUCAACCUUACGUAGGUGUGCAAGUAAAAAUUUUAGAUUUACAAGACCAACCCGGUGAAACGUCUGACAUCAUUGUCAAUUAUUUAAGCCAAGUGUUGACAGAUAAUAAUUUGACAGCAAAAGUCGUAGCAUUUUGCGGGGACAAUGCCAACGUCAAUUUCGGAGGUGCAGCUAGGCGAGGAACUAACAAUGUAUUAACGAAAUUACAAUCAUCUCUGAAAAAAGAAUUAAUAGGUAUUGGAUGUGGAGCCCAUGUUAUUCACAAUGCAGUAAAAUCCGCUGCAGAUGGACUACCCGUAGAUUACGAAAGCGUUAUUGUGAAGAUAUAUUCAUUUUUUUAUAUCUAUACGAUUCGAGUUGAAGCUCUAAAAGAGUUUUGUGCCGAAACUGAAACGGAAUAUCAACAAAUGCUCGGCUAUAGCAAAACCAGAUGGCUUGCUCUUAUGCCUGCUUUAGAGAGGGUUUUAAAAAUGUAUCAGCCGUUAAAAAACUACUUUUUGAGUAUUGAAAAAUGUCCCCAGUUACUAAAAAUCUUUUUUGAAGAUCCCACAUCAGAAUUGUGGUUUUAUUUUUUACACGCCCAGUCAGCAAGUUUUCAUCAAGCUGUCUUGAAACUUGAAGGUCAGACUGUAUCGGCAAUAGAAGCUGCAAAAGAAAUCAAUCAAUUAAAAGACAAUUUAAUUCAGAAACAGACCAAUCAGUUUCUUCCAUUUAUGGUCCGUCAAUUAAUAUUAAAAUUGAAAGAUAGUGGUACUAAUAUUGAUGAAGAAUUUGUGAAAAGGACGGCUACAGAAUUUUAUAAAACAAGCCGUGAAUAUCUGGAGCAGUGGACUUCCUUUCUUACCAAAGAAAUGGAGAUAUUUUAUUGGGCAGAUUUAAAAAAGGUUCCCACAUGGGAAGACAUUCAAAAAUCUCUGGAUUUAUUAAUUGAAAAGCAAUAUAUUGACUGUAAUAAAGAUACUGAAGUUUUUGACGAAUUUUCCUUAAUUUCAAAUUACAUUACAUCACAAAAAAUAACGGAAUGGAAUAAUUUAAAUGUUUCCACAGAAACCCGUUGGGUGGAAAUAUUCAAACACUUUCGCGCCAAUAAUCUUCAGCAUGAAAACUUUUGUAUUGUUAUUGAAUAUAUUUUAUGUUUGCCUGCUACAAAUGCUCCAGUAGAAAGAGUAUUUUCUAUUAUGAAUAAAUUGUGGACAUCUGAGAAAACUCAGUUACAAAUUUCAGUUCUAAAGGCGAUGUUGAUAAUUAAGGUGAAUAUAAAAAAAACAUGCCAGGAGUUUCAUUCUUAUUUGAAAUCGUCACCAGAUAUAUUAAAAAAAAUUUGUUCUUCCGAUAAAUAUAAAUAUAACUAAACAUUUUGGGUACCUACAUAUAUUUUGUGAUUCGUAACUUUUAAGCCAACUAACUUUUUCUCAAUAAAUAACAUUACAAAA